AUGGCCGCUGGUCAGGAAGCUGUCUCUUUUGACGCCAUCAUCCAGGCUGGCCGUCAAAAGAAGAAGAACGAAGAACUUGCAAGCAAAAUCCUGGGAAAGAACAGGAGGGCAAGCGCACCUGCGACGGCAGCGCCUAGUAGCAAGACACAUAAUGCGAGUCUCGCAAGCCGGAUUGGUGUAACAAAGCGCUCUGCAUCUACCGCCAUCAAGCCGACCAAAAACGUCCCACCCAAGAAGCGCAACCAAGCACAACCUGCAGCACCUGUACGAAAUGGACCUGCACACCAAAAGCCUGGAAAUAGGCGUCGCCCCAAUGAAGAGCGCCUUGUGGCUGCCCUCAACCCAGCGAGUGGACAGGCAAAUGUUCGGGAUAAUGCUGUCGGAAUGACCAUCAAGGGAGCUAGCGCAGGGCCCUUUGUUAUUAUUGGAAGCAAUUUCGUACCGGGAACCACAGCCGCGGAUAUUCAGUCUGCUAUGGAGCCUGUUGCAGGAGAAAUCUUGAGCUGUUGGAUUACCUCUCAGCAUCCCGCUGUUACUGCAGAAAUUACUUUUGCAGAGAAAUCGGCGGCGGAGAGCGUCAUCGCCAAUUUCCACAACCAAAGGGCCGAUGGUAGGAUACUUUCGAUGCGGUUUAAACCAGCAGGCGCGGAUUACGAUUCAUUCAACCCUUCAAAGUCAAUGUCGUCCUUUGACAGUCUCCGAGAGCAAGCAGACCGUGAACGUCUAAAUCGGAAAGCAGAUCCUGCAUUUCAGGAUGGAAGAUAUGGGUUCAGUGAACAGGGUGAUCAAGCUUAUGGUCGCAACAACCGCGGGGGGAACGGUCGCUACAACAACAGACAGUCUCAUAGAGGCAAUCGGUCUUUCCCCAGGGGUAGACAGGAUGCGCAAGAUUCGGGACUCUACAGCGAUGAAAUGAUGUCCUUGGUAGCAGGAUCGCGGCGAUGGAAUUCCACAUUCGAGACAAGAAAGUGGUCUACACCACUUGCCCGGACGCUGGCUGAAGCGAUGAAGGUGACAGGACCAAUUCCAAUUGCAGCAUUUAUGCGUCAAGUUCUCACAUCCCCGGACGGUGGUUACUACACAACACGUGAAGGCGGGGAAGUAUUCGGGAAGAAAGGAGACUUCGUUACGUCUCCUGAAAUAUCACAGGUGUUUGGGGAGUUGGUCGGUAUAUGGACAAUUGCGGAAUGGAUGUCCCAAGGGCGAAAGAGAAGUGGUGUGCAAUUGAUGGAAGUUGGACCUGGAAAGGGUACUUUAAUGGACGAUAUGCUGCGGACAUUUAGGAACUUCAAGAGCUUCAGUUCGAGUAUCGAGGCGAUUUAUCUUGUCGAAGCUAGUCCUACCUUGAGACAGAUGCAAAAAAAUCUUCUUUGCGGUGAUGCAGCAGCCAUGGAGGAAACAGACAUUGGACAUAAGAGUACCAGCAAGUACUUCGAUGUUCCUGUGAUUUGGGUUGAGGAUAUCCGUCUGUUACCCCAUGAGGAGGACAAGACUCCAUUUAUAUUCGCCCACGAAUUCUUCGACGCCCUUCCAAUCCACGCCUUCGAAUCCAUCCCACCUGCGCCAGAAAACCAGGUCCAGGAGCAGGAAAUUAUGACGCCCACCGGGCCUCAAAAACUACAUCAACCAUUGAAACCCGCCAACACACCUCAAUGGCGCGAACUCAUGGUUACAUUAAACCCCAAGGCAGUGGAGGAAGACCUGGAAGGCGAGCCUGAGUUCAAGUUGACCAUGGCCAAAGCAUCAACACCGUCUUCUCUAGUGAUCCCAGAGAUAUCAGAGCGAUACAGGGCACUCAAGUCGCAAGCAGGCUCGGCCAUUGAAAUCAGUCCGGAGAGCCGUAUCUAUGCAUCCGACUUUGCCCGCCGUAUCGGGGGCUCAUCCCAGCCUCCCCGCACAGUUGCACCGAAGGCAAAACAGGGCACAGAAUCCUCUACUCCAUCUGCACUGGCGAAGAAGGUGCCAUCGGGUGCAGCCUUGAUCAUGGACUAUGGAACGCUCUCAACCAUCCCAAUCAACUCCUUGCGCGGUAUCAAGAAUCACCAAACCGUGCCCCCACUUUCGUCACCUGGUCAGGUUGACGUGAGUGCCGAUGUGGACUUUACCUCCCUUGCCGAAGCAGCCAUCGAGGGUAGUGAGGGCGUUGAGGUCCAUGGCCCUGUGGAGCAAGGUGAUUUCCUGCAGGUUAUGGGUAUCACGGAGCGUAUGGGCCAAUUGCUCAAGGGCAUCAAGGAUGAAGAGAAGCGAAAGAACCUGGAAACGGGGUGGAAGAGACUCGUCGAGAGAGGAGGCGGCAGCAUGGGAAAGAUCUAUAAGGUCAUGGCCAUUAUUCCUGAAAACGGAGGACAACGCCGACCUGUUGGGUUUGGUGGAACAGUCACGGUGUAA